CCCUUAACAACCCUAACAACAAAAACAAAACUGUUUUCCCUGGAACUCUCCCUUCAUUUUCAAACAGUUAACAAGGACUUGAUAAAUAAUCAAUAACAGAGUUGACUGUCAUGGCAAGUGAUUACACAGACUUAAAGGCACCAUUACCAAAUUCUAGGAAUUUGCCAUCAGAUUGUACUGAGCGAGAUCAAGACAGUGAGAGCAUGUAUAGCAGUGUAUCAGAGUGCCGCAGCAGUGUAUCAGAGUGCCGUAGCAGUGUAUCAGAGUGCCGCAGCAGUGUAUCAGAGUGUCAUAGCAGUGCAGAAAGUGAUGCUUCGUCAUCACUAAAUUCAGCCUCUCAUGAUAUACCCACAGUUCGAACCAAACCUGAUGGAGGGGACAAUGAAAUUGAGAGACUAAUAAGUGCUGCAGAAACCCUAGCUAUAGAGAGAGCAAAACUCAAUAUAAGAAGCUUUAUUCCAGCGACUGAUGCAAUAAACCAUCGACCAGCUCCUGUGGUGGGAGAUAAAUCUUUGAGUCUGUCCAGUAGAUUGUUUCAAAAACAGCCACAGAAGCUGUAUAAAUAUUUAGAGAAUAAAGACCUAUGUGAAGUUGUGAUACCAGUGCAAAAUAAUACUGGGAUUACUAACUCAGUUCCUGUUAAUAAUGGUGAUGAUAUUUUGCAUUAUUCAGGAAUGAUCCCAAAUAAAAAUGCUGAUUCAAAAGAACUUUCUAAAUCUACUGUCUCAGAAGACAGACCAAAAAAUUUAAAUAACCUAGGUCUUUCAGAAGGUAAAGGUUAUUCCAUUCCUGAAGAUAAUGGAAAUUUUGAAAACAGCAGUUCUAGCAGUAUUCCAAGACUACAGUUGGAACUUUCUGCUUCUCCAAAUAAUAUCAGUGAUAUAAAAGAUGAGAAAAAUGCAGUGAGCAAAGAUGUGAAGGAUGUGUGCAACUCCACCAUCCGAGAAUCUUCUGUAGACGGUUAUGAGACCCUUACUGUGCCACUAAUAAAGAAUUGCAGAGAGCUUGGUAACUCCAGGCAAAGUUCCUUGCAGACUAGCAGCGAAGAUUUGCGGGAAGUCUCACUGAUGGUGCAUGAUGAGUGUAGUGGUCUACUGAGUCUGGCUCUUGCUGCUACCAGUAGCCUCAACUGUGUUAUUAGAUUGUUGCGGCAAGUUUCUACGCUGCAGUUGGGUGUGGACACACCUCGUGUUACAAAGAAUGUGUUGGAAGAACUGAGCGAGUAUGAGGAUCAGCAUAGCAGCUUGGAGACGCGGCUGAGUGCUGCAGCAGCCCAGCUACAAAUGGCUGUUGCCCAGGUGCAGGGAAUAGAGAUUAUAAUUGGAGAACAAGAGAGGGAAGCAUCUCGGGUGGAAGAGUGUGCUUCACGGCUACUUGCACAAGUUGAAGCUGGAUUAGAAUCUAAUGGACUCAAGCAUAUGGUGGCUGUUACAUCACCAAGAAGGCGAAGUACAGCUCGCAUGAUAGACGACAUAGCAUCAGCACUGACGUUGCUACUAGGGGAGCUAAAUAGAAAAUCCUUACGAAAUUGUAACAUGGAAGUUGAAUUAGCACGGCACUAUGAGGAAAUCCAGUUACUCAGAGAGGCACUGCUAAAGGAAGAAAAGAGAUUAAGGGCAGUCGAGCUGGAAUUGACGAGAGCAAAGGAGCAGAGCAAAGCAGAAGCUGCCUCUCUGAAGCAGUGUCUGGCUCAAGCAGAGGAAAAUUUGCAUGACACACAGCUGGAGAAAAUGAAGCUAAGUGAAACAUCAAAGAAGCAAGCUGUAGAAAAUGGUGUCAUGAUAAUACAACUCCAACACAAACUGACUGACCUUCAGCGUGAAACAGACUCUAUAGUGAGUAAUUUGGAACAUAGAUUACAAGCCACCGCUAAGGAGAAACAAGCACUGGAAUCAACCUCAGAAGAAUUGAAAAAUCAAUUGAGGCUUCGAACAAAACAAAGUAAUCUUGUUGAGGAAGAGAACAAUUUGCUUAUUGAAGGAUUGAGAGUGACCAUCAGACGGCAGCAAAAUGAAAUGGACCAGUUACGUCAACAGCUUGACUCAACCUCUGGUCAAAAGAACGAUCUUUCACGCAGGGUGAAUGAAUUGGAGAGUGAGUUAUCUACGGAACAAGAGCAACAUCAAAAUCUAAUAAAAGAUGCAUCGGACUUAAAGACAUCAAUCAGUAAUCUUAAACUAGAACACACUGGGGUAGAGAAAACUCUUCGAGACAAACUUAAUGAGAGUUUGGCAACUCAGUGUGAACUGGAAGGUCGAAUACGAUCUUUAGACCUCAUUGUACUGCAGUUACGGACUGAACUACAGAUGGAGAAACAUCGGUCCACAGCUUUAUCUGAUGAGACAAGUAGUUUGCAUAAAAAGUGGGAGAUGGCCAAGCCGGAGGAACUCUUCACACACUGCUGGGGAAAAAGACGCAGACUUCACAGCCUCAUAUUCACCUCUACCCAGAUCACAGCAAAAAACCAGGAGCUUGAGGAGCUUACUGGUAAAGUAACAUUUUUAGAGGAUCAGCUAGGAUCACUACUCUCUGGUCUGGAAGUGAGUGCAGCUAUUGGCAACAUAACAACAGAAGUUGGCCGCCUGCUGCAGGACCGCACGAGCCAUCUUGACUCUCUGGACGAUUCCUCACAUUGGCUUCAAGAGGAAAUGUCAUCAUUAGCUUUGGAGAACCAGACGCUUAAUUUAAACAGCUUCUUGCGGUAA